UUCAAAAAAUGUAUUCAAUAAUUAUUUUAUUAAUAUUCAUUACAAACGCUAUGGCUCUCGAUCAGGCUGGACGUGACGCAGUAGUUUAUUGGCACAAUUAUUUCCGUGCUGAACUAGUUGCAGGAAGGGUCAAAAAUAAAACUGGAGAGUUUUUGCCAAAAGCAAAGGAUAUGAAGCAAAUGUAUUUCUCUCCUGAACUUGAAAAACAGGCACAGGAAUGGGCUGAUAAAUGCACUUAUAGUCAUUCUGAUCCAUAUGGAAAUUAUGGAGAGAAUUUCUAUGCUUAUUCAAAAUUUGACAAUGAUUCUGCUGCCAUCGAGUAUGUAGUAAAAGGAUGGUGGUCAGAGUUGGAAUACAGAGGAGCUUUGGGACCUUAUCCUGGCCAAGACUGCGUUGCAUUUGAUGCAGCUCAAAAUAAUAGAGGUAUUGGACAUUGGACACAACUUGCUUGGUGGGAAACUAAUCAAGUUGGGUGUGGAAUUGGACGUUGUCCUAAAUAUAAAUCUUAUGUUGUUUGCCAAUACAAGCCACCGUAA